UAAACGAUAUGUCGCCUCGAGCUCGCAAAGCUGUAUAUUAUGCAACUCGGUUAACGACAGCGAAGAGCAAUUAUUUACUUAGCGUGUUCUAUUUUCCAGGGUCCAUGUUACAACUUAGUUAGCGGAGAUUUUUGAAAAAUAUGGAGAAUUACUAUGUACCCAAUGCAAGCCGACAAUAUCUUCGAAAUGACGAUGCGCUGAUUUCUGGUCUCCCAAAACAGUUUGUCAACUCAAUGAAAACUUUAUUUAAUAUCUUGGACGACACUGGUGUGGGGUUGGUGCCUCUGACUGAGAUUGAACGUCGCUGGAGAGACGACGCUGUCCCAAACUUGCCUGGUGUUCUCGACUGUUUACGUUCCGUGGCCCCGGUCGACGGAUUACUUUCGUUUGAAGUUUUUGUUUGGGGUCUGAGAACAGCUCUGUCCCGUGCUCGGAAAAGUCGGGAGAAAAAUAAGUUUAAAGAUUCCACAAACACCAAACCUACCACGAAACAAGAAUCAGAAAAUGAUAUCCUCCCCCCAUAUUAUUACCGUGAUAUCGGGAAAGGGAAAGUCCCUCGUUACAACAGCAACACAAAUUCCGAUAACGAAGGUCUCAGAAGCGGAUCUUACGUCACACAGUCGUCGAGAUGGAUGGAACGAAAUGACGUCACUUUUGGUCGAUACCCACUCAAUGCAUAUUCAGGGGAAAAUAAUUUUAAUUCACACAAUGAAAACAGAACAUUUAAAUCUGGUCAUCGAAGGUCUAACAGUGGACCAAUAUCAACAGCAAAGGUUCUCCCAAGCCCAAAACGCACACAAUGGCCGAACUCGAACCGUGAUGAAGUGCGUGUUACAAAGAUGGGAUACGCCACCAAGUUCGCUGCUGAAACUUCUCAUACAGAAGACGAGAAGUUAAAAAACAAACUUCCACACAUAAAUACCAGUUUGGAGGAAAUUAAAUCUGAUACAUCGGCUGAUAAAUCUUUUCUAAGUCUCAAAUCGGACUCUUCAAUCUGCAGCCUUGAAAUGAAGAAGGGAUUGAAAUCUGAUGACGAGUUUUCUGUGAAGAUCACUCAAGACUCCAGCUCCGAGAAAUCGUUUCAUUGCUCUGAGAAAAGCGAGCUUGAUCGUGUAACAGCUAAUACUUUGUUUAUAAACUCGGACGAUAAAAACUCUAUGAAUAAAAUGAAGCCGAUUGGUUUGUCGGGUAAAUACAUCGGAAUUACUGGUACCAUGCAAAGAGCAAAGUCAUCUGCGUGUAUAACGAACGGCUACGGAAGUCUCCGAAGACCUACCACGACAGCGCAACCAGGUGGUGUGACGUCAGCAUCGGAGAGUUGCUUCCGUGUCGAGACAAUUGAUCGACGAAAAAGGGAAGGGAGUCGGAUGUCAAAGAAGACGAAUCCGUUUCCUACACAGAGGCGACAAUACGCAAGUGCUGGAGAGAGUGGAGACGAAUCUCACAUGAGGAUCUCGGACAUGAUUUCCACAAUUAACUCGGAUCGAAAGAGAGCAGCGAGUGUUAUCCCCAAUCGGAAGAAGAUGCAGGAAGACGAUCAAGUUUUAAGAGAUGGAUCCGGUAGAAGAUGUAACAGUGCAUCACCCCCUGACAGACCUGCAACGAAAACUGCGAGAAAUUCUUCAUCAAUAAAUUCUCCCAAGCAAUCCAAUGCAGAAGAAAACUCUCCCGAACAAGAUGCCGCUGAAAAUGUACAGAAGGAUUCAGCAGGCGUAACAUCGGUUGGUGUGUAUGCAACAGUUGGACGACGCAGAGGUUCGAAAAAGAGAGAAGCAAGGCGACAUACAGUGGCAAAUGGAAUUGAUUAUAACGUGCUCAAACUGAUCCAACAACUUGAACAAGAGAAGGACGUUUUGCUUCAAGGAUUGGAUGCUUUGGAAAGGGGACGAGAUUGGUUUCAAGAAAGAAUUUCUGACGUUCAAGAAAAACAACGUUUGUUAUCAAACAACGGGAUGAAACCGACACGUGACGUCACAGAGAAUGACGCAACUGUGACGCAAUCACGCAUCGAUAAUCUGCUGACUAAAGUAUCCGAGAUGUCGAAACUUGUACAAGCGAUGAAUGAAACGGAUAGCGUGCCUCUCGACGCUGGGGAAUCUCCCGAUUCAACCAAGAACGCACGGGUUAUUACAGCUUUGAGGGAACAGAAUCAUGUUCUUACUCGGGACGUCACGAAAAAAUCCGACAAAAUCUCUCAACUUGAGCACGAGAAGUCUGUGUUAGUGCAACAGUUGUUUCAAGCUAAGGCUGAAGCUCAGUGUGUGGACGGACAAGUCAAUACUUCCAUAUUUAUUUGAAGCAAACGCUUGCACCUUAUUCUCGUUAUGCCAUUCUUCUUUACACUAAUUUCAUUUUCAUUGUUCAAAUUAAUAUUCGUCCUUUUGUGUGUGAUAAACAGUAAUAUAAUGAUAAUAUAUGCGUGUAAUAAUCACUUCGAGAAAUAUGACAGAAUUUCUCAGUCCUUUUCUUUGGUGUAACAACAUAUAUAAUAAAUCUAGAUUAUGCACUUUGUGGUUUAUACUAAUAGUAAGCACAGUUUUUAUUACAUGUUCGUGUUAAUAAAUAUUCUAAAACUUAAAA